GUAAAUCACGCCUUCAGGCCGCGCGGAGGAUGUUUGCCAAAUCUAGCCUCGUUGGUGGAGCUCGCUAGCACCAGAGGUUUUAUAACCAACAUGAGGGCGACCCGCGCCAAACACAGCUUAGGCUUACUGCGUGUCUGCGUCUUGUCCUGUUUUAUCUUCUUGCUUUGCUCCACCUGCACCGGACUUUUCUCCGGGAAGAAGAUGGCCUCUCAUCAGCCCGCGCUCAGGCGCAGCCAUCGGAGUCACCCAAGCGCAAAGCACAAAGGAGCGCACCACCACCGGGCGCUGACCGACGAGCAGAAAGCGGACCAGAACCUGCAGUUCAUGCUCAGUUUGUACCAGAGCGCAGCCGAACCGGACGGGAGACCAAAACAGCGCCGGAAGUUCGGCUCCAACACGGUGCGCCUGCUGAGGCCCACGGCGUCGUCGGUGCACUACCUGCCGGCGUCUGGAGAUCACUGCUACACCUUCACGGUGCAGUACAACCUUGACACCCUUCCCUCAGAGCAGCUUGUGAGAGCUUCUUUCAUUCACCUGCGCUCUUCUACCCCCUCUUCUUCCUCCACAAACUCAAACACCGCCCAGGCCAUGGAUCCACCCCGCUGCAGGGCUCAGAUCACUGCGCUGGGUGCAGAGAGUCUGGUCACCCUGGAGCCCCAUGAGCGGUGGACGGAGACGGACAUCACCGCACACGUCAGCAGCCACGUAUUGCACGGGAAGGAUCGAGGCCGGGGAAGGCACUUGACCCUCACCGCCCAGUAUUGGUGUGCAGAACCUGAGCUGGCUGAAGAGAGCAGCGGCCUCUUGUGGUGGUUGAGGACUCUUACUCGAGGGAGGAAACACUGGAGCGGUGAACCUCAUCUAGAAGUCCCCUCCCUUCUUCUGUACCUGGAGGAGGAGAGAGAGGUGAAGGACUGGAUGGGGGAACUUCUUGGCACUGAGGGAGAAGACAUCAUGAGGCAAAUUGGGCAGUGGCAUCCUUCACUUCACCGCAGCCGUCGCUCCAAGGACUCGUCAGACCCUCAGGAUCCUUCGCUGGAUGCUCUAAAGAACGCCCCUACUUCCUCAUCAUCUUUCUCCACCCCCACCUCAUCCUUGAUUAUCUCUGAUAUCCCCAGCAAUAAACACAAAACCAGCACGCCCAAAAACCGCUGCAAGCUCCACUCCUUCCGCUUGUCAUUCGACGAGCUCGGCUGGGGUCACUACUUCAUCGCUCCGCCUGUCUACAACCCUCGGUUCUGCCAGGGCGACUGUCCGAGGGUGUUGCACUACGGCUACCAUUCCCCCAAUCACGCCAUCAUCCAGACGCUAAUCAAUGACCUGGGCGUCGGGGAUGUCCCCCCUCCAUCCUGCGUGCCCUACAAGUACAUGCCCAUGAGCGUGCUAGUCGUGCACAAGAAGAAGGUGGAGUACAGGGAACUGGAUGAUAUGGUGGCCGAGUCCUGCACAUGUCGCUGAAGACUUGGAACAGGCCUGGGUGUCUUAAAUAUGUUUAGCACUGAGGGGAGGAGGGGAGACUGAAACAGGCCACUUCUGAUGGGACACUGGUUUGAGCUACAGCUUGGCAGCUAACUACAAUGAGCUGUAGACUGGAAGGAGGAAGCUGUUAUAGUUUAAGAUCUUCACGGCCCCUGUUAAAGCACUUUAAAAGGCAGCUGCUGAAUGUGCGAGUGAGUGUGGGCUCUGCAGACAGGACGAAGCCCCUACUUUCAAAUUAAAUGUGUGAAAUAACUGUAUUGUAAUGCUCUGUGGCACAUAGUAGGUGAAUACUGGUUAUUAAAUGAUUUAUCACUAAAAUGUAUUUUUCCCAUUCAAAAAGGGGCAUCAGGUUAAAACCAUGUGGUUAAUAUCUAAAGAUACCGUCCCCAAAAUAUCCGUUUUUACACAUACAUGCAGUAACCUAAGGAGUAAAUGCCAGUUUGUAGUAUUUAAACAGAACAAACAGUAUUUAAGCUUAAUCCACAUGAAUUGUUCUUGUGUGUCUGUUUGGUGUUCUUUGUGUAAAUUUUUCUGUGUUUCAUGGCAGGGCUGCCAA